AUGAAUAAUGUCUUAGGAAUCGGAACAGAUAUUGUUUAUAUACCAAGAAUUGUUGGACUUUUACAAAGAAAUCAUACCGUUGGAGAUUACAGAAAGCUGAAAAGGAUAACAAAUAAGUUUAUGACAACAGUGGAACAGAAGAAAUUCUUCAAACUAUUAAAUAAAUCGGAACAUGUUGAACUAAAUAAAGAACUAAUAAAUUAUACUGCUGGUGUGUGGGCCGCAAAGGAGUCUAUUCUAAAGGCACUAUCAGGUUACAUACCAUCAACCGAGGCCCCACCCGCUCAAACAAUAUAUUCGAAACUAUUUACCAAGUCAAAUACGGUGUCAGGCGCUCCGAUGAUACAAGUCGAAGGAUUAUUCCCAAAUAUUUGCCCAACAUAUAAGGAAUUCUAUAAUCGUUAUAUCUUAGAUCGAAUCGAAGUCCUUUUAUCGAUGUCCCACGAUCAUGACUAUCUAAUCUCCUAUUGUCUAAUUAAAUCUAAACAUUAA